UCUAUUUUAUUCUCAGUGUGAAUGAGUUUGCGGCUUCACGGGAGCGCUGUAAUGUGAAAAGCCGCAUUUGCACUAUUAGCACUCUCACACUGAAAAGAAAAACACGAGAGCACGUUUCUUUUCUCUUCACAGCUAGUCAUAUCCUGAGAGUGGAUUAACACGUUUAAGUGCUACAACCAUGUCCAGGCCAGCGGGGGGCAGUGCUAAUGAUGUCACCCGCUUCCUGGCCACGGGGGCGGGGCCUGGGUCACCAACCUCAAAGUUCUCCGCCUCCAGCCAAGCUGAUUGGGCGGCUAAGAGACUCGUAUGGGUGCCUUCAGAGAAACAUGGGUUUGAGUCUGCAAGUGUGCGCGAGGAGCGGGGCGACGAGGUGGACGUGGAGCUUACUGACAGUGGGAAGAAAAUGACGCUUUCGAGGGAGGAGCUUCAGCGGAUGAACCCACCUCGAUUCAGUAAAGUUGAAGACAUGGCCGAUCUCACAUGCCUCAAUGAGGCCUCUGUCUUACACAAUCUACGAGAGAGAUACUAUUCAGGACUCAUAUAUACAUACUCCGGCCUGUUUUGUGUGGUGAUCAACCCCUAUAAGAACCUGCCCAUCUACACAGAAUCCAUCAUAGAGAUGUAUCGUGGGAAGAAACGGCAUGAGAUGCCUCCACAUAUCUACGCCAUAUCGGAGGCGGCCUACAGGAGCAUGCUGCAAGACAGAGAAGAUCAGGCCAUCCUGUGCACAGGGGAAUCUGGUGCAGGAAAGACAGAGAACACAAAAAAAGUGAUCCAGUAUCUGGCACAUGUGGCAUCCUCACACAAGUCUGGCACUCUGGGACGGCCCAAAGACAGCGCCCCACAGAUGGAUGGUACGCGCUCUCUGGGUCGUGGCAGUAGUGCUGUGAACAGGGGUGAGCUGGAGAGACAGUUACUGCAAGCGAACCCCAUCCUUGAGGCCUUCGGCAAUGCCAAAACGGUCAAAAACGACAACUCUUCCAGAUUUGGCAAAUUCAUCAGGAUCAAUUUUGAUGUUGCUGGAUAUAUUGUUGGUGCUAAUAUUGAGACCUAUCUGCUGGAGAAGUCUCGAGCUAUUAGGCAGGCUAAAGACGAGCGAACCUUCCAUAUCUUCUACCAGCUCCUCUCUGGAGCUUCUGAGGCCAUGAGAAAGGAGCUUCUGCUAGGCAGCGCGGAUCAAUACCGCUUCCUCUGCGGGGGAUCACUUCCUGUUCCGGGUCAGAGUGAUUCAGAAAACUUCACUCAGACAAUGGAUUCAGUGACCAUCAUGGGCUUCACCCAGGAAGAAUCCACAUCUAUGUUAAAGGUGAUCUCUGCAGUGCUGCAGUUUGGGAACAUCACGUUUCACAAAGAGAAGAACACAGAUCAGGCCUCAAUGCCGGAUGACACAGCAGCGCAGAAGCUCUGCCACCUGCUGGGCAUCAGUGUACUGGAGUUCAGUCGAGCCAUUCUCACUCCCCGCAUCAAAGUGGGCCGCGAGUAUGUCCAGAAGGCCCAGACCAAGCAGCAGGCUGAUUUUGCGAUAGAGGCUUUAGCGAAGGCCACAUAUGAACGUCUGUUCCGCUGGCUAGUGCAUCGGAUCAACAGAGCCCUGGACCGCAGGCAGCGUCAGGGAGCCUCGUUCAUCGGGAUCCUGGAUAUUGCUGGAUUUGAGAUCUUCCAGCUGAACUCAUUCGAGCAGUUAUGUAUCAACUACACUAAUGAGAAACUGCAGCAGCUGUUUAAUCACACCAUGUUUGUACUGGAGCAAGAGGAGUAUCAGCGAGAGGGCAUCGAGUGGAACUUCAUCGACUUCGGUCUGGAUCUUCAGCCCUGUAUCGACCUCAUUGAGAGACCGGCCCAUCCUCCUGGCGUGCUGGCAUUGUUGGAUGAGGAGUGUUGGUUCCCGAGGGCAACUGAUCGCUCAUUUGUGGACAAACUGUCAGCUGAGCAGGGUUCACACUCAAAGUUCAUGCGGCCGCGGCAGCUUAAAGAAGAGGCCGACUUCUCCAUUAUACAUUAUGCUGGCAAGGUGGACUAUAAGGCAGAUGAGUGGCUGGUGAAGAACAUGGAUCCUUUAAACGAUAAUGUGGCAUCUCUCCUGCAUCAGUCAUCUGACCCCUUCAUCUCUGAGCUCUGGAGGGAGGAUAUUCAAACUCUUCCUCGUGUGUACUUUUUUGACUCUUAUGCCACACUGCAAACCAAUGGCUCUGACAGCAUGGAGAGGAUUGUGGGUCUGGACCAGGUGUCGUCCAGUGAGAACAGUGGACCGGUGAAUUUUGGGGCCGCUGGGCUCAAGACAAAGAAGGGCAUGUUUCGUACGGUGGGGCAACUCUACAAAGAGUCCCUCACUAAACUGAUGGCCACCCUCCGCAACACCAACCCCAACUUCCUGCGCUGCAUCAUCCCCAACCAUGAGAAAAGGGCAGGGAAGUUGAGUCAUCAUUUGGUUCUGGAUCAGCUGAGGUGUAAUGGGGUGCUGGAGGGGAUCAGGAUCUGUAGACAGGGCUUCCCGAACCGCGUCCCAUUCCAGGAGUUCAGACAGAGGUAUGAGAUCUUGACUCCAAAUGCUAUUCCUCGAACCUUUAUGGAUGGCAAACAGGCGUGUGAGCUCAUGAUCAGUGCUUUGGAGCUGGACAAGAAUCUUUUCCGGGUAGGACAGAGUAAGGUGUUCUUCCGGGCUGGAGUCCUGGGUCAUCUGGAGGAAGAACGAGACUUGAAGAUCACUGACACCAUCAUCCGCUUCCAAAGCGCAGCCCGUGGAUACCUCGCCAGGAGGGCGUUCCAUAAGAAGCAGCAGCAGCUCAGUGCUCUGCGUGUGAUGCAGAGGAACUGUGCAGCAUACCUGAAGCUCAGAAACUGGCAGUGGUGGAGACUCUUCACCAAGGUGAAGCCCUUGCUGCAGGUGACCCGUCAAGAUGAAGAGAUUCAAGCUCGGGAAGCACAGCUUCAGAAAGCCAAAGACAAGCUGAGUAAACUAGAGCUUGACUUUUCUGAACUGGACAAAAAAAACCAACAGCUGAUGGAGGAGAAGUCAGUGCUGACCGACCAGCUGCAGGCAGAGGCAGAGUUAUUCGCAGAGGCGGAGGAAAUGAGAGCACGGCUGGCCAGUCGCAAACAGGAGCUUGAAGAUGUUUUGGGAGAGCUUGAGAGCCGAUUGGAGGAGGAAGAGGAGAGGAGCGUUCAGCUGACCAAUGAGAAGAAGAGAAUACAGCAACAUGUGCAGGAUCUGGAAGAACAGCUAGAGGAGGAAGAGGGGACACGUCAGCGCCUCCAGCUGGAGAAAGUCACCCUGGAAAGCAAAGUGAAGAGUCUGGAGGCCGAGACCUUGACUUUGGGAGAGCAAAGAGACAGAUUAAGCAAGGAGAAAAAACAGCUGGAAGAGAGACUGAAUGAAGUGGCGGAUCAACUAACAGAGGAAGAGGAGAAGGUGAAGAGUCUUAACAAGCUGAAAAACAAACAGGAAGCUGUCAUCGCUGAUUUAGAAGAGCGCCUGAAAAGGGAAGAGCAGGGCCGUCUGGAACAGGAGAAGUGGAAGAGACGGAUGGAAGGAGAAGCAGUGGAGGCUCAAGAGCAGCUGUCUGACAUGAGCUUACUCGUCACAGAGCUGAGAGGCAGCCUGAGCCAAAGAGAGAAAGAGAUCACCACACUACAGACACGGCUGGAAGAAGAGGGGGCACGUCGUACAGAAGCUCAGAGAGCCCUGAGAGAGGCCAUGUCUCAGGUCUCUGAGCUCAAAGAGGAGGUGGAUAAUGAACGAGGGAUGAGGGAGAGAGCCGAAAAACAGAGGAGAGAUCUGGGGGAGGAGUUAGAGGCUUUGAGAACUGAACUAGAAGAUACACUGGACACUACAGCUGCUCAGCAAGAACUCAGGUCUCGUCGUGAGGCUGAAUUAGGAGAGCUUCAGAGAUGUUUAGAGGAGGAGACCCGUCGUCAUGAAGCCCAGCUGUCAGAGCUCCGCAUCAAACACACUGCUGCUAUAGAUUCCCUACAGGAGCAGCUUGACAAUGCCAAAAGGUCCCGUCAGUCUCUGGAGAAGGCGAAGGCUGUUCUGGAGGAGGAGCGCAUGAACCUGAGUGCUGAGCUGAAGACAUUACAGGGAGGGAAGAUGGAGAGCGAGAGGGGCAGAAAGAGAGCAGAGGGACAGUUACAGGAAGUCAACGCACGCCUCUUACAAGCCGAGAGAGAAAGAGAAGAGCGAGAGGAACGACUUAGUAAACUCCAGUCAGAGCUUGAGUCUCUGUCCAACUCCCUCUCCUCAUCUGACUCCAAAUCUCACCGUCUAAGUAAGGAGGUCAGCAGUCUGGAGAGCCAACUACAUGAUGUGCAGGAGCUACUGCAGGACGAGACACGGCAGAAGUUAGCGCUGGGCUCACGUGUACGUGCUCUAGAGGAAGAGAAAGCUGGACUGAUGGAGAGACUAGAGGAGGAGGAGGAAAAGACCAGAGAACUUACACGCCAGAUUCAAAACCAUACACAACAGCUUUCUGAUCUGAAGAGGCAGACAGAGGAAGUGAAUUCAGCAGUGGAGGCCGGCGAGGAGGCCAGGAGGAAGAUGCAGAGAGAGCUGGAGAAUGCUACACAGAGAGAAAGAGCCAAAGAAGAAGAGAAAGAACGCAUAGAGAGACAGAAAGAACGGCUGAGAGAAGAGAUAGAGGACAUGACCAUCGCUCUGCAGAGAGAGAGACAAAACUGCACUGCUCUGGAGAAGAGACAGAAGAAAUUUGAUCAGUGUUUGGCAGAGGAGAAGGCAGUGAGUGCUCGGCUGCUGGAGGAACGGGACCGUGCAGAAGCAGAGAGUCGAGAGAAAGAGACACGCUUCCUGUCUCUCUCCAGAGCAUUGCAGGAAGCAACAGAGCAGAGAGAUGAGCUGGAGAGAACCAAUAAGCAGCUCCGCGUGGAGAUGGAGCAGCUUGUCAACGCCCAAGAUGACGUGGGCAAAAAUGUUCAUGAGCUGGAGCGUUCUCGGAGGGCUUUGGAAACAGAGGCACAAUCCCUGAAAGAACAGACCCAGGAGCUGGAGGAUGAGCUGACAGAGGCGGAGAACGCUCGCCUCCGACUGGAGGUCACCCUUCAAGCCCUUAGAGCUCAGUUUGAGAGAGAGAUCAGCACUAAGGAGGAGAAAGGAGAAGAAAAGAGGAGAGCACUCAACAAACAGGUGCGAGAGCUUGAAACAAUGCUUGAAGAGGAGAAGACUCAGAGAGCUCAGGCUUUGACAGUCAAGAAACAACUGGAGACAGAGCUGCAGGAGGCGGAGGCUCAGGUGGAAGCAGCCAAUCGGGGCAGAGAGGAAGCACUUAGACAGAUGAAACGUCUCCAGACUCAGAUGAAGGAGCUAAUUCGUGAGCUUGAUGAGACCAAGUUGGCUCGAGACGAGAUUGUCGCCCAGUCAAAGGACAGUGAGAAACGGCUGCAGACAUUGGAGGCAGAGCUAUUACAGCUGACAGAGGAGCUGGCCGUUUCUGAGAGGCAGCGGAGACAGGCCCAACAGGAGAGAGACGAAAUGGCUGAUGAAAUUGUCAACACUGCAACUGGAAAAUCUGCACUGUUUGAUGAGAAGCGGCGUCUUGAGGCGAGAAUCACUCAGCUGGAGGAAGAGUUAGAGGAGGAACAAAGUAAUGCUGAGCUACUUGCCGAGAGACAGAGGAAGAGCGCCUUACAGGUUGAGACUCUUACAGUCCAGUUGUCUGGAGAGAGGACACUUGCACAGAAGAGCGAGAGCGCGCGAGAGGCUUUCGAGAGGCAGAAUAAAGAGCUGAAGACUCGUCUCAGCGAGAUGGAGGGAGCUGUGAAGGGGAAACAUCGCCUCAGUGUCGCCGCCCUAGAGGCCAAGAUAGAAUCGAUGGAGGAACAACUGGAGCAGGAGAGACAAGAGCGAGCCAUAGCGAAUAAGCUGGUGAGGAAAACAGAGAAGAAACUGAAGGAAGUUUUGAUUCAGGUGGAGGAUGAAAGGAGACAUGCGGAUCAGUAUAGAGAGCAGUUGGAUAAGUCUAUGGGGCGUCUCCGUCAGCUGAAGAGGCAGUUAGAGGAGGUGGAGGAAGAGAACUCACGCUCCAACGCUCAGCGCAGGAAACUACAGCGAGAGCUGGAGGAAAUGAGCGACGGCAUGCAGAGCAUGAACCGUGAGCUCAACACUCUCCGCUCCCAACUCAGCAUCACAGAACGGCAGAAGUCAGAACACAGUGACCCUAAAAGGCGAGCUCCGCUCCCUAUCUCCAUGCGUGCUGGCCGCAGAGCUCUGGUGGAUGACCUUUCUCAGGAGAACUCUGAUUCUGAGGAUCCAGGUGCUUCACCCACACCCUCCAGUGGCCCGCCGGGUACCCCCACACCCUCAGACAACGCCCUGGGCCCCCCUCCCCCCUACAGCCUUACAGAUGCUGAAUAAGAAGGGGGAGUGUAAAAGAUGAACAGUUUUACUAGUUUAACUCGCAUAGCUUUUGCAAUCGUACACAUAACAGAACAUCCAUGCAGUCACACAUAAACUUGAAACUAGUUAAUGUGAUUUAUCGAUUUUAAAUGAACUGAUGAAUUAGCAUGCAAGAUGGUGAAAGUCGGAUGCAGUACUCUUAUAGUACUAUUUAAACCAAGCAGUGAGUAAGGACUGCAGUUUUAAAGUUGGGGAGAAAAAUAAACUACAUUUCCCAACAUUUCUUGGGAAAUACAAGUACUGUAUAUCGGUGCAGUAUAUCAGGCUUGUUGUGGCAAAAUUAUGAUGGCCACUGCAAGCUCUUUCUCAAUCAAUCAAAAGCCAUGUGUUUAGGAGAAAUUUGCAUGUUAAUGGCAAUCAAAGGCCAUUGGGUACUGCACAGAUGAUCCCCGAUCAGGCUAAAUUGCAUCAUCUGUAGUUGCACAAGCCAUCAAACCCCUGAUAAAAUUUCUCACACUCACUCCUGAAAUAAUGUCAUGUUUUAAGAAAUUGAGAACUGAACCGGUACAAGGAUAUCUCUUUGGUAUUUUAGAAUAUCUGUGUUUUAAAAUUUUAGAAGUGAUAGCUCUACUUCAGAUAAAUAGACAACUUUGCUUUUUGUUAAACAUGAUUUGGCAAAGAUGAUGAUUAUGGAAGCCCAUUUCCACCCCAGAGUAAAAGAAAAAAAUGAUAAUUGCUACUUUAUAUGUGACUUUGAUUCUCAUAAUUGUGACUUUUUUCUCAAAAUUGUGACUUUACAUUUCACAGUUGUAAGUUUAUUUCUUGCAAUUGCGACUAUAAAUCACAAUGUGACCUUUUAUCUCAAAAUGUGACUAUCGUAAUUGCGACUUACUUUCGUAAUAUUGUGACUUUACAUCUCGCAGUUGCGAGUUUUUUUUGCUAAUUGUGACUUUAUAUCUCACAGUGUGACACUAUAUCUCACAAUUGCAUCUUUCUUUCCCAAUUCUGUCAUGACAACUCUCGGAGAGAUUGGUAUGUUAAUCGAGAUUAGCAUGGCAAUGGAUAUGGCAGUAUUAAUGUAUUUGGUCUUGGCGGAAUAGAUAUGCUUCGCUUCUGCUGCUGCAGAGCAAGUACAGAGACUUGCUACUGCCAAUACAUUCACAGACAUUGCUGUGAGCAUCUAAGACAUGCUGCAUGUAACAUACAUGAAUUAACCCCAUAGCAGAUCUAUACAGGUGGAGCUGGGGAAGGAGAAGGGUUUCUGAAAGUGCACCGCAGACUGCUAACAGCUACACUACCAGUAUUUGUCUGAAUGUUGAACCGCAUCAGCUGUGCUAAGUAGAUAAUGAUGUGAUCAUUAACAAUUGAGUUAAGGACCUAUCAGCCUGUGCCAUCUAGAGUUUCAUGUCAGAACUAGCUAAUAUUGUGACUUUACAUCUCACAGUUGCAAGUUUGUUUCUCACAAUUGUGACUACAACUCACACCUUACAUGUCAAAAUGUGACUUUAUAUCUUGUAACUGUGACUUUAUAUCUCAGUGUGACUACAUCUUGCAAUUUUCUUUCUUAAUAUUGUGACUUUAUAUCUCGCAAUUGUGAGUUUGUUUCUACUAAUUGUGACUUUAUAACUCACAAUGUGAUUUUAUAUCGCGCAAUCCGUCUUGUAUCUCGUAAUUGCGACUUUGUAUCUCACAGUGAAUACUUCUUAUUUUAAACUUUAUCUCACAGUUAGUUUUUUAUUUUUUACUCUGAGGUAACAAGGGGCUUCCAUAGAUGACAAUUUAUGCACACAAAGCUGUGAUUAUAUCAAACAGACAGAAAAGUGAGAAAGAUAAAAAUGCUGUUCUAUUAAAUGAAUACGCUACAAACUUGAGCCGUCCAUGAUAGCUUUUACAUCUUAGCCAUAACCUGACCAUAAGAAAAGAGCGGGGAUACAAAAAAAAAAAAAAUAAUAAAACAAAUAAAAAAAUACAUGAAAGGAAAAAAUACUGGACUAGCAGAAAACAAACAAAAAAGCAGCCAAAGCUGACAGAUUUCACCUCCAUGUAUGUUUAGCAGUGACAGUUAUUAGAUAUUUGAAAUAUACCUGCUCUGAUCUCAUUCAAACUUUAGUAAUCAGUUCAACUCCCUAUUAAGUUCAGGGUAUCUGUGCGGCAGAUUGUACCCUCUUAGAUACUGUGCGUAGAUAGUUAGGUCGCUCUAAGGGAUGCUUUUGUCGGUAGUGACAUAGAUAGGUAGUUAGGAUUUCUUAAUUUAUGUCUUAACACAUCUGCUCCAGUUUCAGACUACUGACUUGUUGUAAUUUUUAUCAAUUAAGAGAAUUCCAGUAUGCGGUCUAUUUAUUUUGUUUUGUAUUUUUUUCUGCACAUAGACAUGACAUGGUUGUUGUAUAGUUUGCAAUUUAAGUAGAAACAAGGCAAAAUGAAAGAUUUUUUGAGGGUAAGGAUGGGUUUACACUUAGCAGGGUAUCAGUCAGUAACACUGGACAUAAUAAAAAAAUACAUUUUCACUAUAUAAGCUGCAAUGGGCCUCAAAGAAUAUAACACAUCAAAAACAAAUAACACAUGCGUUUGAGACUGUUUUGACAAUGGGCAAGAGUGAGAAGCCUGUUAUCAGGUUUUCUGAGAGAAAUGAACCUGGAAGACAUGAACGUCUGAUAUCUUGCCUGUUUUUCCCAGGGGUUGAAGGCUGCUAGUUGCUCCUUAAUUAUCUUGUUAUAUCAAUGUAACUUUUUUUUUUCUCUUUUUAUUUUUGUUUGAUUGUUUGUUUGAUCAUUUUUGAAUGUGGUAAAUAUUUAUGGAUCAAAGUGUUUGUUGAACACAAUCUGGGGCAUAUGGAUGACAAAAGGGACGUUAUUAUAGCUGUAUGCAUGUCAACAGUGCCUGUAGUAUCUGCAGAAUAUACAAAAUGGAUUCCAUUGGAAAUCACUGAAAUAAUAAGAACGAGGUCUGGAAUUUGAUAAAUAAAUUGCAAUAUUAGGUCUCCCUGAACAACAAUCUGACUCAGACAUCCUUCUCAAAGGUGCUUUUUUCAUACAGGCAGUGAUGUGAUACAUUUUAGAAAUUGUUUAUUGGUUCUGGAAUGUUUUAAUUUAUUGAUGAAUCCUUCGGCAUGUCAAAUGAAAGUUUCCCUAAACUGUACGAAUGUCUCUAAUAUUUUCAUUCUUGGAUAUUGUAUGGUGAUGAGCAAACUGGCUUACACUCGCUAGUUUUUCAAGUGAUUCAAUUUAGCAGUAUUAAACUGUGAAUAAUAAUUGUUUGUCACCAAUAAGUAUUGGAACAUGUUUAAGAUCAUUUCAGCCUGUGAAAUUACAAAGUUCUUUGAUUCCCUGAUGCACUGAUGUGUUUAUUACACUGUUAUUACCACAGUUAUUACUACUUCAUACAGUAUCUGUCCCAUAAAUCGGAAAGCAGGGUUUUCAUAUCAGAUUACACUGUAUGUAAAAUGUCUGUAAUAGGUUAUGUAGAUCACAUUUUGAUACUUUAUUUGUUUUAUUUGCCCCAGUAAUGUUUAAAUUUUCAAUUUUAGUGUAUUUUUAAUUGCCGAUCUCUAGAAUCAAGUUGGAAUUGUAUGCAGUUGUAAAAUGUUGAAUGAAAUGGAGGAAACCAUGCUGUUAAAGACAAAAUGAUAGAAUCGCACACACAAGCCAAAAUACUCAAGCCUUGUAUUGAUUGUUUUUAUUCUACUUAUUUGUCCAUGUUAAAACACGUUCCUAAAUUAUAUCUGCCUAUAAUUUCUCUGACUGUUUGCCUUUCAAGCAACUCAACUUUGCUGCUAAAAUGUGUUUUGUCACUGACAAAUGUAGAAAAUCAUUUUGAUCGAUUUGUACAUUUAUCAGAUUUGCAAAGCUGCAAACUCAAAAAUUCAAUUAGAAAAGCAUUUGAAUUCAAAAACCAGUCGUAUUUCUCAAAGUCCUAUAUUGUAGUUUAUUAAAUGAGCCUUGUUAUACUCAAUUUGUGCUUUAUAAUGCAGCUUUGAGCCAGUGUGAGAUGAGUGGACAAUAGCAGAGAAUAUGUAUGAAAAGGAAUUAAAACUCCACGGGAGAAACAUG